CCUCCUGUCUCGGGCAGCAGUGGUGUGGCUAUUGGCGGGCAGCAGGCACCCCCUUCUGUACACGCUGAACUGAUUAUUGCUCUGGCAGCCAGUCGCACAGUGGAGGACACCGCCCGGUUACCAUGGAGACGCGUCCUGGUACUUUGAACACGUGCGGGCGGAGAGCGGGCUGCAAUGAGCCGCUGCUCCCUGCUAUAUAAUACAUGGGUGCAUAUGGGAGAUAACGCAGACAAGUUAACAUCGUGAAAACGCGCAAGCUGUUACUAUAUACAUCAGUGUCUGUGAAAAUCUUCUAUGGCUUCAAGAAAGUGUUCAGUGACCCCGUGCACUUGGCUGCAGCUGUGAUACUGCAAUAAUAGGAUAGAUAACUAUGGAAUAUGCUGGGGGGCGUCGUCGGGGCAAAGCAAAGCUGAUGGGGGCUAAUGGCAAACAGGGUGCUAGAGCCACAGUUCAGUCUGCAGAAAGGACCUUGAAGAAGACCAAGAAGAAAGAGAAAACGGACCAUAAACCCAGCAAUAGCAAGAAGAGAGAGCACACCUCCAGCACAUCGUCUGCUACUGAGGAGACAGAAAAGGGCAUCAGAAAGAACAUAAAGAAUCAACCAACCAUCCCCCCAUCUUCAGAGCUACAGGUAACUAGCAUAAGGGGCUCCAAUGUCCAGUUGGAUGAGCUAAAAAGCAAGAAAAAGAAUGAAUCUUCUGACAGUGACUGUGUAUCCUCCAUAACACAAGAAGGUCCUAUUAAUGAGAGCCUGCGGUGGGAGGGAGUUCUCAGUGACCCGACUGCAGAAGAAGAGCGGAUCUACCAAUAUAAAAUCAACAGGCGAAAGCGUUAUCUGUUGGCUGCUCAGAAGAUCUCCACUAAUGGUUUAACUUCAUCCCAAGCACAAAGCGUAAGCCGAAAGCAAGAUCCAUGUGCAACUGUUGACUGUGAUACUAAAUCCCCAACCAAGACUGAUUCAGAACAAACAAGUCAUACAAAGCAGAGCCCCUGAUGUGCCACAGAUUCCAAAGCUAAGCAAAAGUGCUUAGUAAUGGUUUCUAAAUAUGCUUUUAUUUAAUUUUAUUUUUUGUAAAAAUAAAGGGGUAUAUUCAAUUAAAGUCAGAUCCAUUCUGAGAUUCAUUUGUCGGAAUGGAUCCGGCCUGGGCUAUUCAAUGACAUCUCAAUUCGACUUUUAAAAAAGUCGAAUUGAGAUGCGGGAGGGGAGACGGGGGAGAGCC